AGAGGCUGUCAGACACGAGCGCUGCUCAGUGCUGACGCUGAGGUCCAGACUGUGUCAGCCUCCAUCAGCUGGACCCAGACGGAGCCACAGCAGCAGGACACAGAGCAGCUCCUCCAGCAAAACCACGACAAGCCGGAGCCGCCCGGCCUGAAAGACUUCAUCCUGCGGGUUGAGGACAUGGUCAUCAGAGAGCUGGUGAAAAAUGCCAGGAGUCACGCCUUCGAUGAGUUCCAGGUGAACUGGGAAGAUCACAGUCAGCUGGUGUCUUGCCUGCACUGUCUCCAACAUCCCAGCGCACAGGACAGAGGUCUUCAUGUGACCGCUGUGUCCUGGAGCUGCACAGGUUCAGUUAUUGCCUGUGCUUAUGGACG